AUGGACACAGAUGUUACUGUUGUCUUGUCUUUAGUCCUUGGACUUAUUAUUAUCAUGUAUUUUUUGUUUCAGCCAAGAAAUCCAAAUUCCCCACCUUGUAUCCGCGGCUGGAUCCCUUGGUUUGGAGCUGCAUUUCAGUUUGGGAAAGCUCCUCUGAAGUUUAUAGAACAAGCCAGAAUCAAGUACGGACCAGUGUUCACCGUGUACAUUCUAGGAAAUCGAUUCACCUUUGUGACGGAGACAGAGGAUGUUCUUGAAUUUCUGAAGUCUAAAGAAGCAGAUUUGGAUGAAGCGGUGCAGCAAGCCGUCCAACGCACAGUUUCAAUCUCCAAAGAAAGCUUUCAUCAGAACCGUAGCAUGUUCUUCAAAUUGAUGGUACAACAACUGAGUUCCUCUAACCUGCAUCAGUUCUCUGAGGCUCUGUGUAAAGAAUUCAGCGAGCACGUGGAGCAUUUGGGCAAAGAAGGAACUGAGGAUCUCUGUGACCUAGUAAGGCAUAUCAUGUAUCCAUCAGUAAUGAAAACCCUGUUUGGGAAAAGAUUCUGUCCAACAACUGAGGAGUUUGAAAGGCAUUUUCAGAAUUAUGAUGAAGGAUUUGAAGUCGGGUCCCAGAUGCCAGAAUUUUUUUUAAGGAACUGGUCUAAAUCCAAAACUUGGUUACUUAACGUAUUUGAAGGGAUUGCAACAGACAUAAAGAAAGACAAAUCUUCAGAAAGUGGCUCUAAGACGCUAAUACAGCAUGUCCUGGACAAUUUGCAAGGAAAUGGAGCGUCCAGUUAUUUGCUGCUCUUGUUCUGGGCUUCCCAAGUUAAUGCUGUUUCAGGUGCCUUUUGGACCCUGGCAUUUAUACUAUCCAACCCUUCUGUUUACAAGAACAUCAUGGAGGACAUAGGUUCUGUUUAUGGCAAAGCAGGGGAAGCUAGGAUUGAAGUCUUUGAAGAUGACCUUAAGAAACUCUCAUCAAUUAAGCAGUGUGUUUUGGAAGCCUUACGGCUAACAGCCCCAGGUUCAAUCAUAAGGAAAGCAAUGAAGCCACUAAAAGUUCAGAAUUUUGUCAUUCCACCUGGUGACUUGCUGAUGGCAUCGCCUUAUUGGUUGCACAGGAAUCCAAAAUAUUUCCCUGAGCCUGAAAUAUUUAAGCCUGAUCGUUGGGAAGAGGCAACGUUAAAGAAGAAUGCUUUCUUGGACGGCUAUUUGGCAUUUGGAGGAGGAAAGCACCGGUGUCCAGGAAGAUGGUUUGCUCUAAUGGAGAUUCAUAUGUUAGUUAUUAUACUCCUUUAUAAAUAUCAGUUUACUCUUUUGGACCCAAUGCCAAAGCAGAGUCUUCUCCAGUUAUCAAGGGUGUGUCACCCCGAUGGACCAUGCAGAGUGCAGUAUAAACUCAGAGAAUGAAAAUUUUAUUUUAUUAACUUGGUUUCCUGUACCAGCCACCUCCAGAGUGAUGGACCAUUUGGCUUUUCUGAUUUGGCAUUUCUUCUGUUCCUUAAUGAAUUAAGUUUUAACACUUUUAAUAGGAAAAGGUUCAUAUGCUGAGAAUGCUCAGAGUCAUAUCUUCCAAUGGUGUUAAUUUAUGUAUCUCCAUUGAUGUCAGUUGCCUUCAGUGAAAGCUAUGUAAGUUUACACCAGCUGAGGACCUGGUCUUUAGUAUCUAACCGAAGAACAAAUUAUUGUGAAUGGAAUGUUUUUGUGAACAGAUUAAUAGAUUCCAAGGUCAGAAGGAACUACUCUGAUCAUCUAGUCUGACUUCCCGUCUAAACGCAGGCCAUAGAAUUUCCCGGAAAUACUUCCUGUUUGAACUACAGCAUCUCUUUUAGAAAAACAUCCCAUCUUGAUUUAAAAGUUGUCAAUUAUAUAAGAUUCCAUCAUGA